CGCGGAUAUCCAUGAGGUAGGACAUUUGACCUUUUUGUCCUCUGCAAAUUCUACAACGUCCUGCACUAAAUACCGGGCGGUUCAGUCGCAACUCUAGUGAAAACGUUGUUUCAUAAAUAAGUACCAUUUCUAUUUUAUCAAAACAGUUUUACGUGUAAACAAAAAGAUGGCUGACUCUAAAGUCCUUCCCGGGCAAUUGCAAGCAGCCGAUGCCAAAACCCAAUUGGACCACAUCUGCGCCCUCAACAUUAACUCCAGAGCCUCCUAUGUACGUCUUUCCGGAAUCAUUUGCACAAUUGGGCCCGCCUCCAACUCCCCCGAGACGCUGAUGAAGAUGAUGGAGACCGGCAUGAACAUCGCGCGUCUCAACUUCUCGCACGGCACGCACGAGUACCACGCCAACACCAUCAAGAACAUCCGCGCCGCCGUGGACAUGUACAGCAAGAAGCUGGGCAUGCCGUACCCGCUGGCCAUCGCGCUGGACACCAAGGGCCCGGAGAUCCGCACCGGACUCUUGGAGGGCGGCGGCUCGGCCGAGGUGGAGCUGAAGAAGGGGGACGCCAUCGAAUUGACCACCGACAAGUCCUUCGAGGAGAAGGGUAACGCGGGUAAGAUCUACGUCGACUACGUCAACAUCAGCAAGGUGGUCAACGUGGGGAACAAGAUCUACGUCGACGACGGGCUUAUUUCGCUGGUUUGCACCGCGAAAACCGACGCCACCGUCACUUGCACCAUCGAGAAUGGGGGCAUGCUGGGAAGCAGAAAAGGCGUCAACUUGCCAGGCGUUCCGGUAGAUCUCCCGGCCGUAUCCGAAAAAGACAAGUCCGACUUGCAAUUCGGCGUCGACCAGCAGGUCGACAUCGUCUUCGCCUCGUUCAUCCGUAACGGGUCCGCUCUGACGGAAAUCCGCAACGUGCUGGGCGAGAAGGGCAAGAAGAUCCUCGUGAUCUCGAAGAUCGAGAACCAGCAGGGCAUGACCAACCUGGACGAGAUCAUCAAGGCGUCGGACGGCAUCAUGGUCGCGCGCGGCGACCUCGGCAUCGAGAUCCCCACCGAGAAGGUCUUCUUGGCGCAGAAGGCCAUGAUCGCCAAGUGCAAUCAAGCCGGCAAGCCCGUCAUCUGCGCCACGCAGAUGCUGGAGUCGAUGAUCAAGAAGCCCAGGCCGACCCGCGCCGAGAGUUCCGAUGUAGCCAACGCCGUUUUGGACGGCGCGGAUUGCGUGAUGCUGUCCGGAGAGACCGCCAAAGGCGACUACCCGCUGGAGUGCGUGGGCACCAUGGCCAGCAUCUGCAAGGAGGCCGAGGCGGCCGUCUGGCACCGCCAGCUCUUCAGCGACCUCUCGCUGCAGACGCAGAUCCCCGCCGACGCGCAGCACUCGAUCGCCAUCGCCGCCGUCGACGCCUCCUCCAAGUGCCAGGCGGCCGCCAUCAUCGUCAUCACCACCUCCGGCAAGUCGGCGCACCUGCUCUCCAAGUACAAGCCGAGGUGUCCGAUCAUCGCGGUCACCAGGAACUCGCAGACGGCCAGGCAGUCGCACCUGUACAGGGCCAUUUUGCCCAUCAUCUACGAAAGCGCUCGCAUGGAAGACUGGUUGAAGGACGUCGACGCCCGCGUAAAGGCCGGUAUCGAUGUGGGUAAGAAGAAGGGCUUCAUCAAGUCCGGAGACCCGGUGAUCGUCAUCACCGGCUGGAAGCAAGGCUCCGGGUUCACAAACACCAUGCGCAUCGUGUACGUAUCACAAAACGAAGAUAUCAUAAGCGGAACAUCCUAAAAACCGCUUCCCACACAAUAAUCACGCAAUGUUCCGCUAAAAGGGGCGGGUAAAGUCCAAGAUAGCCUUUUUGUCGAGUUUUAAAAUAUUUUUUUACGUAUAAAAGGUUACUUUUGACUUUAAACAAAAAUAUUAUUUUGUCAAAUGCUAAUAAAAUAACGGUAUUAACGCAUUGUGUUGUCUGUACUAACUUGGUGUUUUGGGUGCCCAUUCAACUGUAAAAUAUUUUUUUUAUUCUAAAAAAUUAUGGAUUGCUUUGUAUUGUUUUUU